AGAUUCAGUUGUAGCUCUUGGGAUUGAAGAUGGAACUAUCCACUCCGACCAGCUGACAGCAUCCAGUGAAUACUUGACCAGCAAAAGUCUUGGGGCUGAUCGAGGACGACUCAACACAGUAUCAGAUGCAGGAGGCUAUGGAGCCUGGGUAGCAGCAACUAAUGACCCAGAUCAGUGGAUUCAAGCCGAUCUCGGUUCAGUGAAACGCGUAGUUGGAGUAAUAACACAAGGGCGAAGUGAUGGGAAUCAAUGGGUUAAAACAUACAAAGUUACUUCCAGUACCAAUGGUAGCAUUUUCGCACCAGUAUUGGGAUCGAGUGGUCAAGUUGAGAUUUUUAGUGCAAACUCAGAUCGAAACACCGAGGUGAGAAACAUAUUCAACUCUGUUGUCUACGCUCAAUUCAUCCGUAUCAAUCCAAUUACCUGGUAUAGACACAUCAGUUUAAGAUUUGAGCUUCUUGGCACAGCUUUGCUGGAUCUGGAUAUAACACUGUACUCUUCAACACCACUGACAUCGCCUAACAAUGCAAAUGAAUUUCGUGGAUAUGCUAUAAACAAUUGCAGAACAACUGAUCUUACAAUCGGGAUAUUGUACAAGGUUGUGGAUGGCAAGGAGAAUUUAACAUGGGCUGAUACUGGAUAUUCUGGCAACAACAAUGAUGAUACAGCAACAACAUCUGAAAUGGUUUCUAGUGCAGCAAUUGUUGUGACAUCAUCAUCGGCCACCAUUAAAAUGAAGUUUCGAACGAUGACUGUUGGCAUUGGGGAAUCUGCCACUAUCAACCUCAGUGAAGACGGCGGUUAUAACGAUUUUCGCUGGAGACAUAAUUAUGGUGACGUAAUUCAAAUGUGGAACAGUAAAUCGUCCAUUGCAAUUAAAAAUACACGCGCUACAGAUGACGGGGUUUAUGAAUGUUAUGGAAGUGAUAGUCGAGAUGACAACCGCGGAAUUAUGAGACUCAUUGUCAGAGAUUGUCCGCUGCCAAAAUGGAAUCCCCCUGAAUGUGAGAUGGAUUGUCCCGUGUGUUAUAACGGUGGAGUUUGUGACGACAAGACCGGUCAAUGUAUUUGCCCCGCAGGCUUCAAAGGAGAAUACUGCCAAACAUCUUGUGGAAGCAAUAACUUCGGUCGUGAUUGUGAUCUUGUUUGUUCAGCUGGAAAUGACGAAGCUUGUAAAGGAAAGCUUUUUUGUCCGCCUGAUCCAUUCGGAUGCACCUGUAUCAACGGAUACAGAGGCGACGAUUGCAAUACAGAAUGUGAUAACAAUCACUAUGGAGCAGAUUGCCGUCAAGUAUGUCACUGCGAUUCAGGAGGAUGUGACAGAAAAACAGGGAAUUGUUCACCUGGGUCAUCUUGUUCGAUUAAUUACACAGGGCCAGCGUGCCAAGAAUUACUGCCAGGCCUGUCCUGUCCACCUGGUUUCUUUGGUUUGUUGUGUAACUAUCCAUGUCAUUGCAAAGACUCAGCUGAUUGUAAUCGUAAUGGAAGCUGUGACAAUGGAUGCCACAAAGCAUGGGCUGGAGAGGACUGCAGCAUAGGUAACAUACACGUCUUCAAAUUUACUUUGAAUUGUGUUAAAUUGAGCCUAAAUCUUGAUUUUACUUGCUUGCUUGAAGUUGUCCCUCCAAGAUCAGUUAAGCGAUUAGAGUGUUGCUUCGACACAGGUGCAAGUAAUAGUCAUGCGGAGAGUGUUUGGUUAGUGGAGUCAUCUAGUGAUACGUCAGGAUUAGAAGUUAUUGAGGGUUGUGUUUCUGGUGGAUCAGGAUUAAGCCUUCUAGUAUCCAAUUCAGCUGAUAAAGAGUUGAUUCUACAGCCCAAUACCAGAGUAGCCGCAGCUGUUGAACUCGCACAGCAAGCUCAGGUAGUAACGUUUCAAACUGAUGAUGUUCUACAAGUAGAAGUUAAAGAAGUCUACAUUGAUGAAAGUCACAUCCUGAAUACCUCAUCAGCAACAAUACACUCAGAAGCUAGGUAUCCUGGAAAACCAACCAUUAGUACAUUAACUUCAACGUCUUCAUCAAUCACACUGGAAUUGACAUUAUCUGAUGAUAAUCCUUGCACAAUACUAGGAUACAAUGUGCUUGUAUAUAGUGAUUUACAGGAUUUAGAGUUCAAUAUAGAUACCACAGCGACUUCACUGACAAUUAAUGAAAAUAUAAUGCCGAAUACCAACUACAUUGUCCAGGUUGCAGCCAGAACUCAGAAAGGCUUUGGUAAUUUCUCUGAUGUAGGUUAUGUGUCUACCAAUGCAGAUAACCCUGUCAAAGGUGCUGUUGUUGCAGGUGGUUUGGUUGGAGGCUUAUCUGUGAUACUUUUUGUAAUUGUAUUUACUUAUUAUGUUAAGCGUUACAAGAAAAAUAAGAAGACAGACCAUACUAUAACAACAGUGAAAAAGGAUACACCUAUUUACUACGCCAAUGAGAAUGUUGUAAUGAGCCAAGCAGAUGAAGUGACAUACGAGACACCGAAAAAAACUGAAGAAGAAUCAUACGAACAACUAACUUACAAUCAACCUGAUUCUGAUUCCUCUACGGAAAAGGCAUUGGACGGCACGUAUGAGAAUUUACCACCUUCGAGUCCAGAGAAAGUGGUCGAGAAUACACACCAUGUGAGACCCAAACACCAAGUGGUUACGAGUCUCAGUAAACCUAAGAAAUCAAAGCAUACGAUAACAAAACUGAAUACACCUAUCACCUGUGUCAAUUUGAGUAAUGCAGUGAGCAAGGCAGACGAAUCAGCUUAUGAGACACCUAUACCAACUGUACAAACUUCGUACGAACAACUAACUUACAAACAACCUGCUUGUGAAACAUGUACGAAAAACAACAGUUACAGUACUAUGAUGGAUAACCCAAACUUAUUAUCACAUAUUAUGCUGGUCUUGAACCUGGAUGAAGAGCGAUUAAGACAGCUUAAAGAAAAGUUAUUUGAGCUUGGAGUUGAAAACUAUGAGGACCUGACUUUUGUGGAGCAAGAGGAAUUGGUGCCACCAUUGAAGAUUGUUGAAGCAAGAAAGUUUUUAAGUCGUGUAAAAGGUGGAAGUAUACCUAAUGCACCAGACUUUGGAUUGGACCUUGACAACCUGACACUACCUUAAUUUAAGAGAUAAGAGCAUGGGUUACCCGACUGUCAGCCUUAACCAGGGAACGAGAAUAUGUUAGGAUAUGUGAUUCCAGAUACACGUCGGAUAUUCGGGGGAAAUUUAAUCCCUCUGGACUAUGUAUGAAUGCUGGUGUAGGUCUGUUUAUGGCCAAUCCAGUCCAUUGUUUAAUUGCGUUUGUGUGUAUGUGGUAAGCGUUUGAAGCUGACAGUCAGUUAACUCAGGCACUGUUAACAUAUAGCGAAAUGAUGGUGUAGCGUAUUGUAUAUAUAUACGCAAUUUGAAUUCGUUUCUAAUAAGGCUUUUAUUGAUGUUGUUAAUUGUUCCAUUAAUUUUAUUCUUCAUGAAUUCAAAGGUUUCCUUAGUUUUAAAACUAAAAACCAACAUACUACCGUGGAAUUUCUCGGGUGCACUCUUCAAGGACUUAAGAAUAUUAACCCCUAAUUAAAAGUUACAUUCAUCAGGCUUACCGCCUCUGAUGGACAUGGUUUUACACUUAAUAGGCUUGAGAGAAAGAUGCAUAGAUUGUGUAAUAUCUAUUAUCUCAUUCAUUAGUUUCUGAUGUGCCCUUUUGUCUUUAGUGAUUAGACAAAAAUCGUCUGCAAAUGGAAGAGUGAUAAAUUUCUUUCCUUCGAGUUUGUAGCCAUGCGCGGACUCCUUGGUUUUCAGGUAGUGUAUAAUCGGGUUGAAAGCCAUUAAGAAAAUUAUAGGUGACAGGGGUCACCCUGGAACACCCCCUACAGAAAUUAAAAUCUGAUGACUGCCAAGCAGGACCACGGAUUUUUCCACUGAGUCUUGAAUAAAGUGUAGUUAUAUAACUGUGGAUGAUAGGUGGGAUUCUAUAUCUCUCCAUCGUGUAGUUUAUUAAGUUAUGCUCGACUGAGCCAAAGGCGUCGGCUAAAUCGAAAAAAGUUAUGUGAAUUUUCCUUUUCCUGUUUUUUGCGUGCGCUAGCAAUUCAUUUAUUACAAUUGAAUGACGAUAUAUAUAUGUAUGUAUAUGUAUGUAUAUAUAUGUAUGUAUAUAUAUGUAUAUAUAUAUAUAUAUAUAUAUAUAUAUAUAUAUAUAUAUAUAUAUAUAAUGUUUUCAAUUUCCAAUCAUUUGUUUUUUAUUUUAAUUAAUUUGAGACGGUCGGGACCCCUACACCCCUUCUAAGUCUGCACCAAUGUGAUAGUGAUAUUGAUGAUAGUAAAUAGGAAUAUGUACUAUAUUUUAGACAUUAUCGUGUGUUAGUCCAUGGGUACAGGCUACCACCACCCAAAUAAACGUAAUCUGUAUUGAAUAUCAAAUUGUAUAACACAAAACAUUACAUUUAUUUAUUCACUGAAACUUACCUUAGUUACACCUUCAAGAUUACAGUUUUACCACUCGGUAUAAAUAAAAAUGAAUGAUAAAACAGAAAAUAAUGCAGUAGGUCUACUACAGGUAUAGGGUCCUAAGUAUAAUAAGGCCAAAUAAAAAGUUGUUUGUUUGUCCUCCUCACCCGCCCCUACCUGAAAAAAAAUAGGGGCGGCAAAGCAAAAAACCUUCAAAAA